AUGGGCUCUCGAUCUGAAGACCCCAACGACCUCAAGCUUCAGGUGUCGGAGCAGCACAACAACAACGACGAUGCGCGCCAAAGCACAACAUUGAUUACGGACAGCCACGGAGAUGUGGUGUUUCCUUCCUCCAUACCGCGCUUGAUUCAGUCUCCUGAGAGUCCAUUAUCCCCGAGAAGCGACAAGGAGAGCGUGAUCCCAGAAGAAGAGAAUAAACAGACCCGAACUGAGUCUCAACCUGCAUCUGUACCAGAGACAGCAGGCCAAGCGACACCAAAAAAGGCACCAGCACACAAAAACCGCCCGAAGCCGAUCAAGUCAUGGCAGACCGAGCAGCCACGCCGCGAGCACCAGCGCCACCACUCUUACUUCCGACCCGGUCCAGCCAGGGCCGGUACAUCAUAUCUGAACAAAGCGAUUUGGGGAGGCCCUGGCGACCCGAGAACCAACCCAGAUAAUACCUCUCUGUCGUCGUCCGAUGAAGAUGAGCAUCCGAUCAGCCAUCAAGAGUCUCCAGGAGGCAGCGGAAACCGCAAGAGAGGCAGCGAAAAGGCGGCCUCCAAGAGCCACGACAAGGACAAGUACAGCCACUUUAGUGUCGGUAAUCAAAACUACCAGACAUCGGGCAAGGUCAAGAAGGAUGGUCGCUUGAGGAUCACGGUCAACGAGACUGCAGGCACUGGAUACCUGAGUAAGGCUCUGGGUGCAGCUGUCCACAAGGUAGCUCCAAUGAAGCCCGAGCCUGCAGGCAAAUCAUCGCAUCUGCAAAUUCCUGAAAGUCCACGACGAUCCUCUUCUUCAACAGCUGUGGCGGAUUCAGUACCUCGAGCACGUUUGAACAUUGUUAUCAUGGUUAUUGGUUCGCGGGGAGACGCCCAGCCUUUCUUGAAGAUCGGCAAGGUUCUGAAGGAGGAUUACGGACACCGUGUACGCAUCGCCACACACCCGGCGUUCCGUGAUUUUGUCGAGAAAGACUCGGGUCUCGAGUUCUUCUCUGUGGGUGGUGAUCCUUCGGAACUUAUGGCCUUCAUGGUCAAGAACCCGGGUUUGAUCCCAACUCUCGAGACAGUCAAGGCUGGAGACAUUGGAAGGCGACGAGCCGCUAUGGCUACUAUGUUUGAUGGCUUUUGGCGAGCGUGUGUCAACGCUACAGACGACGAAUCGGACCGUCAGAACCUAAAGAUGAUGGGCACAAAAGACCCUUUUGUGGCGGAUGUCAUUAUUGCUAAUCCCCCAAGUUUUGCACAUAUUCACUGCGCCGAAGCAUUGGGAAUUCCCGUCCACCUCAUGUUUACUUUUCCUUAUACCCCAACACAGGCUUUCCCGCACCCCUUGGCAAGUAUCAAGAACUCCAAUGUGGAUCCCGGAUAUACCAACUUCAUCUCUUACCCACUGGUCGAGAUGAUGGUAUGGCAGGGCCUAGGAGAUCUGGUCAAUGAGUUCCGUGUCAAGACGUUGGCCUUAGAUCCUGUCUCGACCCUCUGGGCACCCGGUGCAACAUAUCGACUACAUGUGCCAUUCACAUACCUGUGGUCACCUGGACUGGUGCCCAAGCCCGAGGACUGGGGAAGCGAGGUCGAUGUAGCUGGCUUCGUGUUCCUCGACUUGGCUUCAACCUUCGAGCCACCAAAGGAGUUGGAGGACUUCUUGGCAGCUGGAGAGACCCCUAUCUAUAUCGGGUUCGGCUCGAUUGUUGUCGAUGAUGCGGACAAAUUUACGGAUAUGAUUUUCAAAGCCGUAGAAAUGGCCGGCGUUCGUGCCUUGGUAUCAAAGGGCUGGGGCGGACUCGGAUGCGACGAUGUCCCCGAAAAUAUCUUUAUGCUCGACAACACACCUCACGACUGGCUUUUCCCGAGAGUCAAAGCAUGUGUCAUCCACGGAGGCGCUGGAACAACAGCCAUUGCGCUUAAAUGCGGAAAGCCGACAAUGAUUGUUCCAUUCUUUGGCGACCAGAACUUUUGGGGUAAGAUGGUGAGCGGCGCAGAUGUUGGCCCCGAGCCAAUCCCGUACAAGCACUUGGACGCCGAAAAGCUUGCCGAAGGCAUUGAGUAUUGUCUCACAGACGAGGCCAAAACCGCCGCUGGAGAGAUCGCGAAGCGAAUUGCAGCAGAGGGCGAUGGUGCUGAGAAUGCAGUCAAGGAGUUCCACCGACAGCUAAGCCUCGGGGCUCCUAGCAUUCUACGAUGCUCCCUUCUCAAGGACCGCGUAGCCAUCUGGCAGUUGAAAAACACCAAUAUCAAGCUUGGUGCUUUAGCUGCUGACAUUCUUGUGGAUAAGGGGUUGCUGAGUUGGAAGCGCCUGAGGCUCAUCAGGCAUAAGGAGUGGAACGACUUUGAAGGUCCUGGCGAGCCCGUCACAGGAAUUGCAGGAUCAAUUGCUAGCACAGUUGGUGAAGCGUUUCACGGUGUCGCAAGUGUCCCUUACCAUUGGGCGAAGAGAACAAGGUCAAUUAGAAAGAGGAAGAGCAGGAGGGCUGCGAAGAAAGCCAAUAAUGACAAUGACAUCGAAGCGCAACGCAACGCAGCAGACUCGAAUGAUCUAGUUGAUGGUGCUUCAUUGCACACAGAUGCCACGGCCGAGGAAACAAGCGGGCAAUAUGUUGGCGACAUAGCAAGUGGUAUGGGACGGACUGCCACCGCCAUUGCUAAAGCACCUGUGGAUCUUUCGAUGGCACUCGCGCAAGGCUUCCAUAACGCUCCUCGACUCUAUGGCGACACCACAGUACGACGGCCUAUUCGAGUAACAGGCUUCCACUCAGGCCUCCGGGCGGCUCGACAUGAGCUUGCGUACGGAGUCUACGAUGGCUUCACAGGAGUCGUUCGUCUUCCAUACCGUGGGGCAAAAGAAAAUGGUCCGAUUGGAUUUGUCAAGGGUACAGGCAUGGGAUUGACAGGAUUAGUUCUCAAGAAUCUCUCUGCCAUUGUUGGGCCAGUCGGCUAUACUCUCAAGGGUGUUGUCAAGCAGGCCGAGCGAUCCAAAACACCACAAAAGUACAUCCGGCGUGCCCGCAUCGCCCAAGGGCAAAGAGAGUACAGUGUGCUCCCAGAAGACCAGCGCAAACAGCUGGAGAAGGAGAUCAUGGAUGGGUGGCAUAUAAUGAAAGAGCUGAGGGAGAAGAUUGAGGCCCUGGAGAAGCAGCGGGGUAUCGCAGGCCAAAUUGACAGAGUGCUUCUCGAUACCGAGGUCAUUUUCGAAGACGUUGAGACAGCCAAGAAAUCGUUGGAAGCGCUCAAACAGGGCAAGACCUUAGAAGAUGUGAUAGAUCCGGAGGAAGAACGGGGUCGUGAUGGUGCGAACACGGGCCGGAAACGGAGCAUGUCAGUCCGGCGGUCGUUUAACUUUUCAAGGAAAUCCAGGGACGAGAAGCGUCUUGCAUCGGUCGUGGACGCUGAUGAGAAUGCGAAGACGAACGGAAACGGAGGUGAACGACUUACGGAAAUGGGUAGACAAACUGUGCCAGCAAGCUAG